UCGAAUCUCUACAUAAAUUAUUGGCUGCUGAAUUUUUCUUUUUAUGAGUAUUGUAUUAUGUAGCAGAAAAAACCAGUAAUAACUCUCCGUCUGCUUCUACUAUGGUAACAUUUUUGUCAGCCGGAGCCGGUGGUGCUCCUCCGCCAGCAUUUCUCCUAUUUGAACCCAAUUUGAAAUGUUCGAAUUCGAGACGUCUAACGAUGUGGGCUCGCCGUGAUUUUCCUGAUUUUCUUCCUAAACAAGUCGAGAAAAUCAAAGACCCUUAUGCUAGAAAGUUGGCUUCACGAAUUGAGAGAGUACCAGUAAACUUUUCGAAGGAUCAUGUCAUGAGUAGUGUUGUGAAGCCAAAAGAACAGAAAGAGGCCAAUCCAGUUGUGCUUCUCCAUGGUUUUGAUAGCACGUGUUUAGAAUGGAGGUACACGCUUCCAUUUCUCGAGGAGGCUGGAUUGGAGACAUGGGCAAUUGAUAUCCUUGGAUGGGGUUUCUGUGAUUUAGAAAAGCUUCCAUCGUGUGAUGUAGCUUCCAAGCGCGAUCAUCUUUACCAGCUGUGGUCUACCUACAUCAGGAGGCCAAUGGUACUUGUCGGACCAAGUCUUGGAUCAGCUAUUGCUAUUGACUUCUCUCUCAACUAUCCAGAAGCAGUGGAUAGGUUGGUUUUAAUCAAUCCAAGUGUUUACUCGAAAGGUACAGGAAACCUCGCAACCUUACCAAAAGCAGUAGCUUAUGCUGGGGUCUACUUGUUGAAAAGCAUACCAAUUCGAUUAUAUGCAACAUCAUUGGCUUUCAAUGGCUUACCAUUAAGUACAUGUAUAGAAUGGACUAAUAUAGGUCGUCUACAUUGUUUAUUACCUUGGUGGGAGGAUGCAACAGUGAAUUUCAUGAUCAGUGGAGGUUACAACGUCAUUGAUCAGAUAGAACAUGUAAAACACAAAACACUAAUAAUAUUGGGUGAAGAUGAUCAUAUUAUUGACUACAAGCUUGGAGUGAGAUUGCAUUGUGAACUUCCAAAUGCGACUCUACGCCAAAUACCAAAGUGUGGCCACAUUCCUCAUGUGCAGAAGCCUGAUGUUGUCUCCAGGUUGAUCGCGGAAUUUGUUCAGUCUGAUCAAUUACAAAGGGUGAAAACUGACUGUCUCAACCAUCUCUGUUCCUGUGAUGAUUUCGGGUAUUUGUACAAGCAGCCGGUGUCUCCACCAUCUCUUCAAUUUCGCGACAUUACCCUUGUGGUCGGGCCCUUCCCCGAACCCUGCGCAUAGCGAGAGCUUUAGUGCAUCGGGCUUGCCCUUUUUAUGUUGUCAUAAACCAAUACUAUUUUUCUUGUGUACGUAUAUAAAUAAAGGUAAAUAGUCAAAAUGUAGAGUUGUUUAGCCAAUUAAGUUAAAAAUGUCAUUGUUAGA